AUGUCAUAUGAGGAUGAUAAUCAUUUGGGUGCACAGGUAUUACCUGUAGCUAACCUCCCUAGUGAUUUCUCUGGCGAUGUCGAAGAUGGUGCACAGUAUCUCUUCACUGUGAGACGAGAAGCUUCUACUAUACCCAACCACAAGCGCGUUGAUAACCCCUAUGAAGUAGUGUGUAAUACAUCCACCGAGAAGGGAAAGCAGAGGGAUACAUCAGACAUACAAGAGCCAUCUAGGGAGUGGCGUAUUAGUUUUACAGCUAAUUUCAAGAACCUACGUAAACAACUGAAUAGCGUGAAUGUACCACCUUUGAGUGAGUUACCAGAAGGUUAUAUGCCAUUUCCGGGGAAGAAAGACAAGGGAGGGUGGCUAAACUACAUAAAUGAACUCAAUAGAGAGCCAAAGUUGUCAAUAAUGAAGUCACUAACUAUGAUAUCGGCUUUAACAUUGAUGACGUUUUUGCUAGAGAAUGCAAAAGAAGGCGGAAUCUUAGCCGAUAGGCAGACACGUUGGAUUAUCUAUUUGAUAGCAAGUAGAGAAGAGGAUUAUAGUGGUGAACUUGUGAGUGAGCUAAGAGUAAUAGCCAGGUCAGUAGCAGGGAUUAUCCAAGACAACGAUAAGGAAUCAGAUAAGAAGAACCUUUGGAUGGUGUUGACAGCGAUAGUGGGAGGGUUCAAUCAAUAUGAUUUGUAUACAGAUUUUACUAAUAAUGAUUGGUGA